GAAGUAAAAAAAAAAAUGGUGGUUUCAAAAGUGUCGUCGUUUUGGUUUGCAUGCAUAAUAUGCAUGUUUGUGGUUGUGAUAACUCCUUGUUGUAAUGCCCAGAAUUCUAUUCAAGAUUACCUCGCCGUUCACAACGCCGCUCGCAGAGCCGUCGGCGUCGGGCCGAUGACAUGGGACAACGACGUGGCGGCGGUUGCAAGAAGCUACGCUAACAAGCGGGCCGGGGAUUGCAACCUCAUCCACUCCGGUGACCGGCGGUACGGUGAAAACCUAGCACGGGGAAGCGGGGCCUUCAUGACCGGGAAGAGGGCGGUGGAGCUGUGGGUUGAUGAGAAGAAGUACUACCACUACGGCAGCAAUUCUUGCAACGCGCCGGCGGGGCAGUCGUGUGGGCACUACACGCAGGUGGUUUGGAGGAAGUCGGUGAAGGUGGGGUGUGCUAGGGUUCAGUGCAGAAACAAUUUAGGAUACUUUGUUAUCUGCAACUAUUCUCCUCCCGGCAAUAUUGUCGGCCAGAAACCAUACUGAUCAUCAACUUAAAGUCAUGUAAACCCUAAUAAACAAGUCUUACCGUACCGGAGGCUUUCAUUAAAUUAAAUAAGCAGUCAUGCAUGCAUGCAUGCUUGAGCAAUAUAUAAACACCAUGUACGUACGUGUAUAAAUAUGGAGAAAAUAAGGCCUAGCGGCUGCUAGCAGUGUAUGUAAACUUCAAUGUCGUUAUUUGCUAGCUAAAAGUGUAUGUUCUUGUUAUCAAUAUAAUAUAAUUUUCUAU